GUCUCCUAAACAAGGUUCAGGGUCGGUUUAAGCCCAUAAAUUAUUGACCAGGGCCGGGCAGAACUGGCCUAAUCCGGUUCAAGCCUAAACUGACCCGUGGGCAGUUCUACUUGUACGCACGUCUUGCUUUCGACCACACCCGUCUUUACCCAAGGAAGAGCUAAUGAGCAAUGGGCACCCUGGCCUCUGGUUUUGGAACUUCGGUGUUCGGCGAUUACCUGUUUGACAAUAUUCCCGUAAGAAAUCUGCCUUGCUUUGAACCUUUUGGCUAACUUCUACUUUCUAGCUACUGAUUAUCAGAAAUUUCCUUUUGUUGAAGAUGGUAAUCAGUGUAACAAAAGUGUGCAGUUCUCGAGUUCCUUUUCCUCAUUUUCUCCUCCAGAUAGCUUUAUUGCGCUCAAUUUCUUCACUUGAACAUAACAUCAAAGCUAAAGUAGAAGCCAAGGCCUAUCAAGAGAUUCCUGACCUUCUUCAAUCCUACGGAGAAGAAUCUUUCGAAAAUCCUAAUCCUUUCUCCUUCCUCUCCACCUUCCCUUUGAAUCUCAGAACUCAGGUGGUUGACGAAAUUUUACAAUCUUUUAUCCCUUUGAGACCCCGUUCUCGCCCCCAUCUUGUCUAUUCGUGUCUCCUUUCUUGCACCCUUCAAAGUCCCAAUCCUCUCCCUCUUGCUCUGGCCAUUCUCCAGCGCACUCUUCGUUCUGGGUGUUCGCCUGCCCCCCAAACACGUCUUCUUCUCUCCUCUGCUUGGUUUGAUCGAAGACGGCAAUCUCAGACUGUAGCUAAUAUUCUACAGGAGAUGGAAUCUAUUGGGUAUAAUCCAGACUCUGGUAUUUGUAAUUAUCUCGUGUCUUCUCUUUGUGCUGUUGAACAGCUGCCGGAGGCAGUGAAGGUCCUGAAGGGUAUGGGUAGGGCGGGAUGUGUUCCUGAUUUGGAAGGUUACGGCUUUGUAAUUGGCUCAAUGUGCACAGCCAGAAGAACUGCUGAUGCAGUAGAGCUGUUGAAGGAAAUGGUGGUCAAAAUUGGAUUGAACCCAAGGCAUGGAACCGUGGUGAAAGUAGCAGCGGCAUUGCGGGCAAAUAGAGAGAUAUGGGCAGCAGUUGAGAUGAUUGAAUUCUUGGAGAAGGAAGGCUGCCCUGUCGGAUUUGAGAGCUAUGAGCUGGCGCUUGAGGGGUGUUUGGAGUGCAAAGAAUAUCUUUUGGCUGGAAAAGUGGUGAUGAGAAUGACAGAGAAAGGGUUUAUACCUUAUAUCAAGGCCAGACAAAAGGUGGUAGAGGGGCUUGCUGGUGCCGGUGAAUGGAAGCUUGCUUGUGCUGUAAGGCAAAGGUUCACUGAAUUGAGUUCAUAGUUUUUAUGGGAGUGCAUUGUGAUAUCUGCUGGUGAGAAGCAAAUGAGUUCACACAUGUAGUGGCUAAUAUGGUUUGUUUAUUUUUCCUUUUUAAUUCCCCUAGCUGCAAGAUAUUCUAUUGUCUAGUGACGACUAAUCCACGGUGGUAUUUUUUCUCAUGCCGUGGCCAAGAGGAUGAUGGAUUUGAAAUCCAUGGUGCGUGUUGAAACAAGUGUACAGGUUUAUGCUUUCUAAAUUUGUUAUAUGUUGUUUGUUGCAUUAUAGCAUAUUUGUUGGAGAAUCAUGCCAAUUUUUCAUUAUAUUACAUAUAUAUAAGAUCAACUUUGUUGGAA